UGCUGUUUUCAUCGUUUUACUUGAUUGGUCAGUUUGCAAGCAUUGGAACAUUUUGGUGAAACAGAGAUUGAAAAAAAUUCGACAUUUACAUGUCGAGAGAGAAAAUUAUUUAUCAUAUGUCCCUUUUUCAUCUGACAAUCACAUCUACACGGAUGAUGUUGAAUUGAUGGAGAGAGUUAAUGUCUCUCAGUUAUUACCGAACCUCAAGUUUUUAUCCUUGAAUCCUAAUCUGUAUGACAAAUGUACUGGUAAAAUGAUGGUCAAUAUCUUGUCAUCAACGGCGAAACCACUGGUUGGACUCAUGGGUGAAAGUACAUGUUGUUCGAGCGAUUAUUACCGACAAUCUGGUCAUGUCGAUGUCGAUGAUAUUGUUAAACACUGCGGCAGUCUCAAGUAUAUGAAUAUAUUGAAUCAACGUUUUCGAGACAGAUAUUUCUUUAAAUAUAAAUUCGGACAAAAUUUGAAACACUUUAACGGUUAUAUCUUACGGUCCUACAAUGAAGAUGAAGAUUAUGAUUCCAUGGAGGAAGAAAUAAAUUUAUCAUGUCGCUACUUGGAGCAAAUGCCAAAUCUUGAAGUUCUGAAUCUGGAAAACCCACUAAUUGAACCUCGUCUUUGGCCUUUACCAAAAAUGAAACUGAAAGAGAUUCAAUUCCAAGAGAGAUCGAGUUCGCCAGUCUUCCAGUUCUUGCCUUUAUUUCCUGAUUUACGGAGUAUCGAUUUGAAUAUCCAUUCAGUUGAGGAUGAAGAUUUUCCUGAUUGCCAUACUCAUAUGAAUGUCCAAGAUGUAGUUCUAAACAUAUCCGGAUUAAACCUCGUCUACGGCCUUUACCAAAAAUGAAACUAAAAGAGAUUCGAUUCGAAGACAUGUCAUUGAGAUCACCAGUCUUCUAGUUAUUGCCUUUGUUUCCUGAUUUACGAAGUAUACAUUUGCAUAUUCGUGGAGUCAAGAGUAAAGAUGAAGGAUUUCCUCAUUCGCAUACUCAUCUGAAUGUUCAAGAUGUAGUUCUAAAAAUA